AUGCUCACGCGGGUCAAGUCCGCCGUGGCCAGCUUCAUGGGCGGCAUCAUGGCCGGCGGCGCGGGCGCCGAGCGCGGCGGGGGCCCCGAGCUGCCGCUGCGCUUCCCCUACGGGCGCCCCGAGUUCCUGGAGCUGUCUCAGGACGAGGUGGAGUGCAGCGCCGACCACAUCGCCCGCCCCAUCCUCAUCCUCAAGGAGACGCGGCGGCUGCCCUGGGCCACGGGCUACGCAGAGGUUAUCAACGCCGGGAAGAGCACACACAACGAGGACCAGGCCAGCUGUGAGGUGCUCACCGUGAGGAAGAAAGCAGGGGCCAUUGCCUCAACCCCAAGCAGAAACUCGGCCAAGAGACGGUCCUCACUUCCCAACGGGGAGGGACUGCAGCUCAAGGAGAACUCGGAAUCGGAAGGCGUCUCCUGCCACUACUGGUCGCUGUUUGACGGCCACGCGGGGUCCGGGGCCGCCGUGGUGGCGUCCCGCCUGCUGCAGCACCACGUCACGGAGCAGCUGCAGGACAUCGUGGAGAUCCUGCGGAACUCGGCCGUGCUGCCGCCCACCUGCCUGGGCGAGGAGCCCGACCCCACGCCCGCCAACAGCCGGACUCUGACCCGCGCGGCCUCGCUCCGCGGAGGGGUGGGCGCCCCCGGCUCGCCCAGCACCCCGCCCACGCGCUUCUUCACCGAGAAGAAGAUCCCGCACGAGUGCCUCGUCGUCGGAGCUCUGGAAAGUGCGUUCAAGGAGAUGGACCUGCAGAUCGAACGAGAGCGGAAUACAUACAACAUAUCUGGUGGCUGCACAGCCCUCAUUGUUGUUUGCCUCCUGGGGAAGCUGUACGUGGCAAAUGCUGGCGACAGCAGGGCCAUCAUCAUCAGAAACGGAGAAAUCAUCCCCAUGUCUUCGGAAUUCACCCCCGAGACUGAGCGCCAGCGACUGCAGUACCUGGCAUUCAUGCAGCCUCAUUUGCUGGGAAAUGAGUUCACACAUUUGGAGUUUCCAAGGAGAGUACAGAGAAAGGAACUUGGAAAGAAGAUGCUCUACAGGGAUUUUAAUAUGACAGGCUGGGCAUACAAAACCAUCGAGGAUGAUGACUUGAAGUUUCCCCUUAUAUAUGGAGAAGGCAAGAAGGCCCGCGUGAUGGCAACUAUCGGAGUGACCCGCGGCCUUGGGGACCACGACCUGAAGGUGCAUGACUCCAGCAUCUACAUAAAGCCUUUCCUGUCGUCCGCUCCGGAGGUCAGAGUCUACGAUCUCUCCAGAUAUGAGCACGGAGCAGAUGAUGUGCUGAUCUUGGCCACUGAUGGACUCUGGGACGUUUUAUCCAAUGAAGAAGUGGCAGAAGCGGUCACUCGGUUUCUCCCUGACUGCGACCCAGGGGACCCUCACAGGUGCAAAGGAAUUGAUGGUACUGCAAAUAAGGUACACACUGGCGGCCCAGGACCUGGUGAUGCGUGCCCGUGGGGUCCUGAAGGACAGAGGAUGGAGGAUAUCCAACGACCGACUGGGCUCAGGAGAUGACAUUUCUGUAUACGUCAUUCCUUUAAUACAUGGAAACAAACUGUCAUGAAAACAGCCCAGGGUUUUGGAAGGACAGAGGGGAAGAAAGCGAGGAUGCCUCUGGGCAGGGUGGGGCUGGGAAGUACCCCAGCAGGGUUCCAGGUGACGCCACCUCUUCCCAGCCCAAGUGGGCAGCUUGCUGCUGAAAGGCCUCUGGCUGAGCUGCACGAGGACCCUCGGGUUUCAGUUUCCUCUUUAGUAACAGGUCUGGAUACGCAACAAGAGCAAAACAUAAAGGCUGCUACUGAAUGCUGUGUUUCUGCUGGUUCCUUUCAUAGGCCUCCUGGGUGGCCACUGGCCAUCUGGGGGCACAUGCAUCGUGUUUAUUUUAUCCAGAGUAGCUGGGGCAGCCACGUCCGGGUGUCGCGGGCAGAAGACUCCGCAGCCUGCCAAGCUGCCCCCUUCUCUACGGGUUAGAAGUGCUGCGUUGGAGAGCUGGGGACCAAGCCUCAGAAGAUGCGCGUGCCCGUCUUCCAGUGAGCCUGAGACUGACUUCAGGGAACACUCUGCGUGUGUGUGCGUCUCUUUCUCUGUUCGUUUUUUGGUGAAAGUGCGGUGCAGCAGGGAUUUUUUUUCUUUUUUGAUAUUCCUUGAAUCUUAAUUGCUUCCCUUCCAUAGAACAGACCUGGGGCUUUCCAGGCCCCUGCCGCGAAAUCUGUGUGUCAGAGUCCAGCCCAGACCGUCCCCCUGUCCUGCAGCCCACACCAGCCAGGCAGCCAUCUGGAGCGGCACCCUGGCUGAGCUCCGCCUUUGUUAUGUAACAGUGCGUCCCUGGGUUGCAUUUUCCCACCAAACCUGUGUGUUUUUCAUGAAAAUACGGGUGUUUCUUUGGACCAGUCGUUCCUCUGUCGUCUUCAAGGGUCCCCGUGGUGCGGCUCGGGGCUUCUCUGAGCCUGGGUUUUCGCUUCUGGGAUGGCUGGCCCUCCCCCCGUCGCUGUGCUGCAGGGACACACACAGAGCAGUGCUGAAUGCAGCCGUGUAGACGGUCCUUGGAUCCAUCAGUUCACCGCACCCGACCUGAGGAUCCGUCCCAGCCCCCUCCAGACAGUGCGCGAAGGAUGGAGUCCUGUUGCGGCGCGGCGGUGCGCCUCCCCGUCCUGUCUGGGCAGGGCCCGCUCACAGCGGCCGCCAGAUGAAGGUGCGUCAGGUUGACUGGCCAUCCGCAGGCCGUGCACCCUGCUCCUUCUCCACAGUCACCCCCACCCCCACCCCCCGGUCCCGAGACCCCCGGUCCCGCUGUCGCUCCACCUCUGGGGGUGCCUCACAGCAGCAGCAAAGGAGGGGUCAGAUGCCGGGAGGACCCGAGAAAUCGAUCUUUAGAGAUGACUUCUGUCCCUUAGGGAGCCCGCUUCUCGGCACGGGGGGCACCUGGUAGAGCAGUGUCCGAUCCCCGAGUCUUCCUCCUGUGGCAGCAUCAGCACCUUGACAACACUUUGUAAUAAAACAUGCUUCCGCCCAUGAAAGAGAAAGGUCCUUGGUGGGACUCCCCCAGAAGGCUGGAGAGCCAGUUCCACUUCUUGAGUUUGGUCAAUCCUUCCCCAGAGGGAAGGACAGGAAGCUUUGCUCUGGGAUAGUUAAUCACCUGCGUUUGCAUUCCUGGAAGGGAAAUAUUUCCUUAGGAAUGGCCUGGGGCCUUCCUACCUAGGAACGUAUCCAUCCCACGGUGCAGAAACGAGGGCUUAUCUGGCGGGUGAAGUACGGUGGGAAUUCACCCACCAAGUGUUUGCCGAAAUGUCGCCUGGGAAGACCCGGUCUGACUGCUCCCUGGUCAGGAGUCACCUUCAUCUGACGGCUUCCCUCCUCCCUCCGUGACUCUUAGCCACCGCAGCGUCUCUGUGGGGAGAACGCUGCACAAACCACGUGCUGCUCUGGCGGGACAGGAUGCUCUGGGGCAGUGCGCCGGCCUCCUCCGGCAGCCGGCCUGCUUUGCGUUGCUGCACUGACUCAAAACCACGUACAGGUUCGGAAACUUGAGAACGUGUUCCACAGAGGACUCUGAGCCUCCUUCUUUGGGAAGCUGUCCUCACAAGUAUUCGCCUCUUCCCCGUGUGCCCGUUGCUUCCUGGACUUCCCUCUGAGCCCUUCCUUGAGCUCUUCUCAUUCUGUUCAAGGCGCCAGCGUCAGCGUUUGGGUGUGCAUAUCAUAUAGAUGUCGUGUCAACCUUCCACUCAAUUCUCCAGUCCAUUUCCUGCCAGAGUACGUCUCAGCAAAAACUCUAGAACCCCCUUAUCCAAUUUAUCCUAAAGUCUUGAGCACUUAGUCCUACUGGAUUUAGUUAGAAAUGUACCUAGGAAUUCUUUUCAUAAGCCCCCUUGGGUGGGAAGAUCUUGGUAGCAGGCCGGAGCCAUUUGUCUGUUUGGGGGAUUGGUGGGAAACCACAAAUGAGACGCAUAGAGCAAAUGUGGGAAAAAAUGAGUUGUUCGUGCCCGUGGCAGGUCUGCCCAGCGCCAGCGUUGCUCUGCGGAUUGAGCUUACUUGGUUUGAGCCUUAUUUGUCACCCAGGCCCUGCGUCAUCCCGUCCCAGAGCUCUGUGUCUGCACAACGCUUGGCCCUCGAAGCAUUCCUGGAAGGGUCAAGAGGCAGCACACUCAGAGUUCUGCAGAGCAUGUUUACACGUGGUUCUGUUAUCUUGCGUAUCUGACUUACAGUCAAGUCUGUUUGCCCAGGUAGCCUCAGCGGAAGUCUUACUUCAUAAAAAGCUUUCAGUUUCCUAGUCAAGACGUUAUGGUUUUCUGGGGGGGUGUGUGGCCACGUCCUUUAAUGAAAGGCUCUCUCGGUUCUAAAUCUGUUUGUUGGGCUGGCCCCUGCUCUUCAGAAUAUUUGGUGACACUCUUUAUCUUACAGAGAGCAAACUCACACUCCCUCCACACGGCGUCAUUCUCAGGCAACAGCCAAACCUGUGUUCUCUCGAAACCUGAGAUCAGAGUGGUGCCAGCAGCCAGGCGACGGGCGGCCGUGCUCUCCUGUGGUCAUGCGUGCCUGACUGCUGUUCUUAGGGAGGGAACAGAGACGUGGAAGCCGGGUACUCAGCUGUCUAACAGGACAAAGCCCCCACAGUGGGAAUUUGUUGUUUUCCACAGUUUACAGCUUAGGGGAAUUGGGGGGUAUUUAACUUUUUAAUCCCUACCAGUUUACUUCCAUGGGGUUGCAUGAAGUCAGCUGUGCUCACUCUUCUUUCACUCUUCUAAGUAUUCAUUUACUUCCUGGAAAGAAUCGCCGCUGUCAGUAGAUCCUGGUGGGCAAGGGUCUUCAGUUUACCGAGAGCACUAGUGCGGAAACAUUUGGAAAAAAAUCUCCCACAUCUUUACGACUCUGGUCUAACGUCCUUCCUCAUCUGCCAGUCAACUUUAUUUACAAGGCCACGCGUGGUCAGUGGUUUUCUUUCCACCACAGUCUGAGGAUCUUACCUUUCCUUGAGUGACCCAGCAGCUCCCCUGUUUUCAGACCGAACGUGUUAUGCUUUAAUGAGAUUCUGUUUUCAGUGCGUUCGUGCUCCUGGGACACAGGGAGAAAGCAGUGGGUGUCACUCUAUGCAAAAACCCACCAGGCUGACGCUCAAAGGUAGGAGAUCUAAUAAAAUAGUAAAACGGUAUCUGGCCACUGGACAGAAUUUUACAUUAGGAAUUUGGAUUUUUGAGGACUUGCAGUUACAGAGACAUGUCACAGCCUGCACACCACGGCCCCCAGGGUGCGCUAGUUGCAUGUGGGUGGUGUGGCUCCCAUGCACACACUGGGAGUUUUCAAAGGACACGACGUGAGCAGCCCCACUGCCUCUCCCGUGAGCGCCGUGGUGGCUCUGUGUGGCUCGAGUGCAGUCCAGGGUGCGAUCUGUGUAAAUAGCUUUCAUUUUGCCUCUGUCCUUAGAUGUUUUGUUUAUGUAGCGACCAGGUAGACAGUGACCAAAUGAGGAUGUAAACGUGUUGUUUUCCGCUGUGAUGUACUUGAAGGAGAAUCUCGUGUCCGCCACUCUUCCCAUCCUCCAUGGUAUUUUGUGUUUGGGGAGCCCUGAGGUUCCUCUUUCCCUCCUACUUUGCCUCCAUUUUCUUUGUUUCUUCUGGAAACCCCAGGGGGCCCUCAGUGGAGGUCAUUUGUGGGGAGUGUACCAUGGUCCGGGUUUCCAAGAAAAUAUUCUACAUGCAGUGAAUGAGAGGAAUCUACCUGAAAGUGGUAUCAGAACCAUGUACCUUUAUGCUUUGUGAUUGUGCAACCUUGACUUUUGUAGCCCGAAAAUGAAAACUGUUUAGUAAAGGGGAUCUAUUUUGUGUGUUUUGAAACUGAGGUGCAAUGUUCCCUGGAAAAAGCUAAAGAAAUGUAUAUGCUGAAUGCCAUUUUAAAAUAAAAUAUUAUAUAUAUGUAUAUAGGACACCUUUAGCAAAACUUUUUGUGUCAUUUCUUUUAAUUCACUAAGAAGUUUCUUCAUAUCAGGUAAUGGAAUGAGAUGGGAACGGAUGCCAACAGUGUAAAUCU